GCCUCUGUGUCUGUGUGAAUCUGACGUGAAGUGAAAACCACAUCCUGUCAGAGAGAGAAUACUUAGAAGAGUUCAACAUUUGCUUUAUUAGAGCGAGACGAUGACAAUGGCAAUGAGAGAGAGAAGGAGGAUCACAUCAACUUAGAAAAAUGAAAAAAGUGUUGCCAUGCCUAUUUGCUUGUAUCUCUCUUGUCGUGUGUGUGUCUGUGUUGGUGUAUUUAUAUGCACCCACGAAGAAUGACGACAAAAACAACAUCCAGUCAAAUCUGAAUAAAACUCAUCCAGUUCAAUCUGUUGUUGAUGUUAUAUUCCGACUUGAUUAUUAUGAUGCUGAUUCUGAGUAUGAGGAUCAACCAGAUAACACAACAACUCUCAAGAAGAAUGCAUCAGCCACAGCUGAAUCUGUUGAUCCACUAUUCAUAUUUGAUUAUGACUAUACUGAUCAACAAAACAACACAGACAGACCAUACAACGACUCUCAGCCCUAGUGCCUCUACCAACCCACAUGAUGAAUGAGACACGACACUUGGACAUGAGGAUCACCUUGAAGGCACACCUGCCUCCAUUUUGGAUGAGGAUUAUGUUGACAUGUCUUUGUCUGCCUUUGUGUAUUUAUGUGUAUCCAAAAAGAAUGACAACAAAAACGACAUGCAGUCAAAUCAACCAGAUAAAAACGACAUCCAUCAUGAUGCUGAUUCUGAGUAUGAGGAUCAACCAGAUAACACAACAACUCUCAAGAAGAAUGCAUCAGCCACAGCUAUAACUGUUGAAUCACUAUUCAUAUUUGAUGGUGAUGAUAAUGGUUUUGAUGACUAUGAGUAUACCGAUCAACAAAACAACACAGACCAUACAACGACUCAGCCCUCGUCCCUCAACCAACCCACAUGAUGAAUGAGACACUUGGACAUGAGGAAGAAACACCUUGAAGAUACACCUGCCUCCAUUUUGGAUGAGGAUUAUGUUGACAACACUCAUCGUGCAACCAACAUGAUGUCAGACACUCAUCGUGCAACCAACAUGAUGUCAGACACUCAUCGUGCAACCAACAUGAUGUCAGACACUCAUCGUGCAACCAACAUGAUGUCAGAUCCUCCCCGUGCAAACUACAUGACGCUAGACUCACCUCAUCCAAGCCACACAGUGCUAGACACUCCUCGUGCACACAACAUGAUGCUAGACACACCUCAACCAGGCCAGAUAUUGAGGGACAUAGGCAUUACAAAGGUUCUGGGGAUGCUGGCCCAGGUCCUGCAGGAAAAUAAGGAGAUGAGGGGAGAGAUUUCUAAACUGUCUCAGGAGGUCAGAUGCCUGAGAAGAGAGAUCGGGAGCAGGGAGUCAGAGGAAGCACCGUGCUCAAUAAAAUUACCUCUGGGUGACGAGGAAGGGUUUGACCAGGCAGAAACAAUCCUGCGGGAACCUUCCGAAAAAAAAAAAAUGGUGUCUUUCUUUGCCCUCGUUGGCGGCCACACGGCCGAGAUCAUAACUCGAAGAAUGCUGGGCCAAGCUAUGACUAACAGCCUGGCCUGCCACUUCAAUUGGGCUGGCAAAGGCCAGAAGAGAGCAUUUAAAAACACUGUGCUGCAUGAUGUCAUGUUUGCGGCACUCCAGAAACAGCUUUCGGGAAGCACAGCAGUGGUUUUCGGGGAAACGGUGAAGAAGUGGCUAAAAUAUGCCCCCGAGAGGGAAGGUGGUGUUCCCAGGAACGCACAGCAAGAUUGACAGUGAAUAAGACUGACGAACGUUGAAAAGAAAUAAAUAAAAAAAAAUUCCUGAC